GUUAUCUAUUCUGGUUUACCUUUAGUUUGUACUGACAUUUUAUUGCUGUGUGGGUACAUACUCUGGGGAUGUCCUUUUUUAUUAACACGUUUGUGUUUUUGUAAUAUAGUUAAUAACAUAGUAGUAAACGUUAAAAUUCCGCAGCGUUUAAACAGACUAUUGGAUUUAGUCUAAAAGAAAGUAAGACGAGCGUCUAAAACAGUGACAGGACCUCCGCAAGUCGCGUUUCGGUGCCGUACAUAAUAUUCAAUUUACUGGAAAUGCCUAUCUAGCAUAUUUUAGUUGUAAAUGUUGGAGAACAAGCUGUACGUAUCACUGAUAUCCUGUGCUACCUACAUUUUGCGAUUUCACCGGAACUGCAAACGGGCACUGUAAGGAAGCAACUAACAAGCAACAUGGCUUCCGCCGGUGUAAUAAAACGGCUUUGCAGAGUUUAUUUUUCUAAUGUGUACAAAAUUCACAGGAAAGCAUUUAACAUACGUGUAGCCAGAAGAAGCUUCGCUGUUAAUCAUGCAGCUUGCCAGCAGCAGGAAUUCACAUCCUUGGAUGAGAAGCCGCAGUUUCCAGGAGCUUCAGCAGAAUUUGUGGAUAAACUUGAGUUCAUACAACCCAAUGUGAUCUCGGGAAUUCCUGUCUACAGAGUUAUGGACCGUCAGGGAAACAUUCUUAAUCAAAGUGAAGAUCCACAGCUUCCAAAGGAGGAGGUUCUCAAAUUUUAUAAAAAUAUGACAUUACUCAAUACAAUGGAUAGGAUUUUAUAUGAGUCACAGAGACAGGGCAGAAUUUCAUUUUAUAUGACAAACUAUGGAGAGGAAGGAACGCACUUGGGUAGUGCAGCAGCACUUGAACCAUCAGAUCUAGUGUUCGGACAGUACAGAGAAGCAGGUGUACUCAUGUAUCGUGGUUAUCCCUUGGAUCAGUUCAUGGCACAGUGUUAUGGAAAUGCCAGUGAUGCAGGGAAAGGACGACAGAUGCCAGUACACUAUGGCAGCAAGGACCACAACUUUGUUACCAUCUCUUCCCCACUUGCAACUCAGAUCCCACAAGCUGCUGGAGCUGCUUAUGCUUUAAAACGUGAAAAUAACAAUCGUGCUGUUAUAUGUUACUUUGGAGAGGGAGCUGCCAGUGAAGGAGAUGCUCAUGCUGGAUUCAACUUUGCUGCAACCCUUGAAUGUCCUAUUAUAUUCUUUUGCAGAAAUAAUGGUUACGCCAUUUCAACGCCAACAUCUGAACAGUACCGAGGAGAUGGCAUAGCUGCCAGAGGUCCUGGUUAUGGCAUUCUUUCCAUUCGAGUUGAUGGAAAUGAUGUGUUUGCAGUAUAUAAUGCCACAAAGGAAGCUCGAAGGAGAGCAGUAGCUGAAAAUCAACCAUUUCUCAUUGAGGCAAUGACAUACCGAAUUGGCCAUCAUAGCACAAGUGAUGAUAGCUCAGCCUACCGUUCAGUCGAUGAAGUAAACUACUGGGACAAGCAGGAUCAUCCAAUCUCCCGCCUGCGACACUACAUGACCAACAAAGGCUGGUGGGAUACAGAACAGGAGAAGGCAUGGAGGAAAAAGUCUCGAAUAAGGGUGAUGGAAGCAUUUGAACAGGCUGAACGCAAGUUGAAACCCAACCCAGAUUAUAUUUUCUCAGAUGUGUAUAUGGAGAUGCCGCCCCACAUUAAAAAACAGCAGGAAUCCCUUCAAAGACAUCUGAAGAUAUAUGGAGAACAUUACCCACUUGACCAUUUUGAGAAGUAAAACACAGCAUUACGAAAUGUACAGUGUACAUAAGAGCUUUGCCUAACGCCAUCCAUGAACUUUGUUGAGAUGCAGAUCAUUUAACCAUACUUAAGAGUGAACAUUUUCACAGUUCGUAUCCAAGACACGACUGUUGUGCUGCUAAUAUUGUAUUAAAUAAAAAAACAGUGUAUGUGUAUAUGUGUGUGUGUAUCUAUCUAUAUAUAUAUAUAUAUAUAUA